UUUUUCUUAACUGCAGCCAGCCCGUUGCCAAAAAAGGCAUCAGCAACCAUCCGGCUAAGAAGACGAAGACGUCUUUUAAAUGACUCUUCAACUAGUGUCACCAUAAAUGACGUGCGAAAAGAAAUCAGCAAACAGUUUGAACAACUUAUGCCCACCAAGUACUGUAAGUCAAGUGAGAAAGUAUGUCCUGCAGGUCCCCCCGGAUAUCCUGGUCCCACGGGAGCGAGGGGAUCACGUGGCAGGAGGGGACCAAAGGGAAAGAAAGGUCCUCAAGGUCCCAUAGGACCUCCUGGAAAAUCUGGAAAAACAGGAAUGAUGGGCUUCGCAGGACCGAAAGGAGAAAAGGGAGAUAAAGGAGAAUCUGGGCCAAAAGGCAUGCCGGGACCACCUGGAAGUCCUGGGAAAUCGAUAUCUGCGCCACAAGUGAUGUUGUCGCCAGCAUAGCAGACACGAGAUGAGAAAGGAAAUACGGCAUUUUAUUGCACGGUUGUAGGAAACCCUUCCCCAGUCGUGGAAUGGCAAUUUAAGGGCACAAAGCUUCUGUCAGGUGCAAAGUAUCUGAUUAAAGAAGGAGAGUUGAUCGUUAGAAAUCUGAAUUACAGCGAUGCUGGACCGUACACAUGUGCCGCCAGGAACAUUCUUGGAUCGUCUGAAGCCACUGGCAACUUGACUGUUCGAGGUAAGAGGAGCAUUUAACUUAGAGUUUUGUUAUAUCUGGCUGCUUGAUUUUGUAGACCUCUUUGUGCUCUGAGAAUGCGAGAAUACGAGGUUGGAAUAUAAAAAUGACACCGUUGUUUAAUCAUUUACUUUUAUCUCCUCUUUCAUUUUUUCCUUAUUUUUUCAGCAGUGUAUAACGCCAAACUUGAAAUUUACUCACUUACACCUUAAGCUGAUGAUCAAGGACUAUAGAGUAGUCACGAGUAUAGUUCAACUUUUAAUCUGAGCCAUACAAGACAUUAAAUAAUGUUAAAGAUAAUAACACAUGACGGGAAUAUUUGGACCUUACAUGAACGCGAGGGCGCACAACACCAUCCUUCUCCUUCUCCCUUUUUAGCUUAGACCACCCGGGGAGGUUACUUAGGUUAAUUUUUGCUGGAUAUGUGCCGCUGGCCUCUCAAAACGCCUACCACAUUACAUUCUAUGCAUGCUGGUCGAUCAUGUAUUGGCUCUAUUUCAGGUCUUCCAGUCUUCACAAAAGUUCCACCUUCACUUGCCACACCAGUUCAAGGCACUGCGUUUCAAGUAACAUGUCAAGCUGACGGAUAUCCUCUCCCCGCGGUAACCUGGACUAGAGCAGCAAUGCCUUUAGCUGCUGGAAAGACUAGUAUAAACCAAGGCACACUUACGAUUAACAACUUGAGUCCUGCUGACAACGGUUUUUACGACUGCGUAGCUACUAACGUUAUGGGAACAAAGAAAAAAAGAAUCAACCUAGCAGUACAAGUGCGUUCAGGUUUGUAUUGAAGGCACCGUCUCACUCUGUAUAUGCCUGAUUCAAUAAAAGGUUGCUUUGGAAAUUGGGCACUGGGCAUCUGGGCGUAACGAACUCAGCGUCCACCAAACAAUAGCUUCCCAGUGCGCAAUUAUACAAUGCCCAAAGCAAGAAUCAGAUACCCUUAGAUUAAACGUUCAUUAUCUUCUUAUCCAGCUUGCGAUCUUGGUUAAAUAAGAGUGUUAAAACAUUAUGAAAGACAGUUUUUUGAAAGUCUAACUUUGCCACUACGAGAACUAUACGGCUAUACCGAAAUAUGUCGCAGGGUGACUUUUGUUUUUGUUGUUUCUUUUUUUGUUUGUUUAUUUUUCAGGCAUUCAAAAACCAUCUAAUCACUGCUAAAGCCAGAUGAGAGCUACUAUCAUUGCGGCUGUAUGUUGCGCUUACAGAAAUUUGCAACUUAAGACAAUUAUGGUAUUUACUAGAGCUUCAAUGAUCUUAAAUGCUUAAUCGUCCUUAAUAGCGCGCAAAUCACGCACAUGCAUAUGCAUACAUACUUUCUUUAGUCACUUGCAAUGUUACUCGCUUUCUCAAUAAAGUCAGUUGUUUUAACAUUUUAAAAACUUUUUACCUUGUCACUUUAUGGACUUUGACUUUUAAUACUUAGGUUUUGAAAGCUCAGUCAUUGCGGGAAACAACAGAAAUCACUUGAGCUUGUUAAAAAACUGGCUAGCACCUGUGGCAAAAAGCGUCAAUUCUUUCUGGAAGCGUUGUUGGCGUGCAUCCGUGGACGGCUGGGAUGCAAGUACAUUUCACUCCCGAUGUGACAGCAAGGGCCCGACUGUGACAAUAAUAAGAGUCGGGAGAUAUAUUUUUGGAGGAUACACAAGUAUUUCAUGGGGUAAGUGAGCACUGUAAGCCAUGGCAGUGGUAUUUAUACCUUUGGCGUAAUUGGCAUUGAUAUGUUCAGCUUAAAGUGGAACUUGGUACUUAGCAAUAUGGAAUCAUGUGACUCUACCUUUCAUACAUGGUUAAGCAGUGGCGGACAAAGGUUCCAGGUUAAUAGCU